AUGGCCAAGGAUAUUGCGCUGGACUUGGAUGAGGAGGCAGAAGGGGCUGGUGAUCAACCGGUUGGAGCCGGUAGCAAGAAUCGAGAAGCAACUACUGUUGACGAGCCAGACUAUAUUAACAAAGAUGACGGUGAGAAUCUGGCGGAGAUAACGGGUGCUGGGGACGGUGAAACGGCCGCGUGUCCGUUGCCGGUUGCGGCACCACGAGGCGAACCGCCUCAAGUAUCGCGGCCAGGACAAGGAAGCAGCUACGGAGAGCACCAUAUCCUGCGACAAACACACCUGGUGAUCAAGAACGAAGGGCAAGUGACGUUGGCCGAACUCCAGAGCAAGGUGCCGCCACCUGCGACGGCAGCCAAGGUGACGCCAUCGAUGAUGGUAAGCAACUCCAUGCGCCCGAACACGGGACCACAGCCGUCGCAACCCGCGGCGGAACGGCAGACGAGCGACGCGCCAGAGAGCCAGGAACGGAAGCGGAGCAUAUCUAUGUGUUCGCAGCGAGAGGGCGACGUGGGGUUGACAGCCUGGCAGUCGCCAAUUCCGGCGGGUUGUUCACGACGUCGCGCGAAAAGGUCGGAGAAUGCCGUCGAAGCAGAUAUCGGGCACGCUCAGGCCGUUACGUGCUGGAAUUCGAGAUUGAACGACUGGGUCAUCGACCUGACGGCCGAGGAUAUGGAUUAG